AUGGCUGACUCAAUAGAUCCGAAGGUAGAGCCACAGUCCGAUAGCAUCCACAAGAUCCGGAGUAGAGCCGAUCGAGGUCUAUACAAAGAUUUUGUAUCCGACAACACCAUGAUAGCUACUAUAUCUCUUCAAUCAAAUAUUUAUAAUAAGAAACAGGCCAGAGAUAUUAUAAAACGUUCAACGGAAGUAAACGGAUAUCUGAGGGAUAUCAACGUCAUUAUCCUCAUCAUCCUCACACGCCACCACCACAUCAAGGUGGUUGCGGCCAGGUGGCAGAUCCACCUUUGCCACAUCCCUUGCCAGCUCAGCAACCUUCCUGUCCAUGCGUUCCUUGUGCCGAGGGAACAUGCUGUUGUACAGCAAACAGCUCCCAAACGAGAUACUGUACGCAUUCAAGCCCUUGUCGGAAAGCCACCGGAGAAGCUCCCGGAGAGUGGGGUCACCUUUGAUGAUCCACCGGUCCCACACAGUCCAGCUCAUGUCCCGGUGCUUCACGACCUUGGGAGGCACAGGCUCGGCCAUUGA